AUGUCCAACCGAGUGGUCUGCCGGGAAGCCAGUCACGCCGGGAGCUGGUACACAGCCUCAGGACCUCAGCUGAAUUCACAGCUAGAAGGCUGGCUUUCACAAGUACAGUCUACAAAAAGACCUGCUAGAGCCAUUAUUGCACCCCAUGCAGGAUAUACGUACUGUGGGUCUUGUGCUGCCCAUGCUUACAAACAAGUGGAUCCAUCAAUUACCCGGAGAAUUUUUAUCCUCGGGCCUUCUCAUCAUGUGCCCCUUUCUCGAUGUGCACUUUCCGGUGUGGAUAUAUAUAGAACACCUCUAUAUGACCUUCGUAUUGACCAAAAAAUUUACGGAGAACUGUGGAAAACAGGAAUGUUUGAACGCAUGUCUCUGCAGACAGAUGAAGAUGAACACAGUAUUGAAAUGCAUUUGCCUUAUACAGCUAAAGCCAUGGAAAGCCAUAAGGAUGAGUUUACCAUUAUUCCUGUACUGGUUGGAGCUCUGAGUGAGUCAAAAGAACAGGAAUUCGGAAAACUCUUCAGUAAAUACCUAGCGGAUCCUAGUAAUCUCUUUGUGGUUUCUUCUGAUUUCUGCCACUGGGGUCAAAGGUUCCGUUACAGUUACUAUGAUGAAUCCCAGGGGGAGAUUUAUAGAUCCAUUGAACAUCUAGAUAAAAUGGGCAUGAGUAUUAUAGAGCAAUUAGAUCCUGUAUCUUUUAGCAAUUACUUGAAGAAAUACCAUAAUACAAUAUGUGGAAGACAUCCCAUUGGGGUGUUACUAAACGCUAUCACGGAGCUUCAGAAGAAUGGAAUGAAUAUGAGUUUUUCCUUUUUGAAUUAUGCCCAGUCAAGCCAGUGUAGAAGCUGGCAAGACAGUUCAGUGAGUUAUGCAGCGGGAGCACUCACGGUCCACUGA